CAACAGAAAUGGCGUCAAAUUGUUGAAUUGAAUGUAAACACUGAUGAAAAUGUCAUCAUACAAGGACUCACUAACUCCAAUUUCACUCAAAUGACUGUCAACGAAGUGGUCUAAGAUUAAAUAAUCAUGCUUGAUCUCGAAGUCGUUCCAGAAAGAUCUUUGGGUAACGAACAAUGGGAAUUCGUCUUGGGAAUGCCCUUUUAUCAAGCAGUAAACAUUUUGAAGCGCCAAGACCGCAUUAUUAAAGGAAUACAAGUAUGGUAUAGUGAGCAGCAACCGCUGGCCAUGGAUCUCGUGCUCAACCUAUCUCAGGAUGGAAUUAAGCUUCUGUUUGACCCUGCGUCUCAACGAUUAAAGAUUAUAGAAGUUAACAAUAUGAGUAAAGUUAAAUUAAAAUAUUGUGGGGUUCACUUCAACACAGCACAAGUUCGGCCAACCAUUGAACAGGUGGAUCAGUCGUUUGGUGCAACUCAUCCUGGAGUGUACAUAUCUGAAAAACAGUUGUUUGUUCUCAACUUCAGAGGUCUUUCAUUUGACUUUCCUAUUGAUUCCAAAUUUGAGCCCAAGUAUGCCCAUGGUCUUGGAUCGCUUCAGUUUCCCAACGGAGCCUCUCCCAUGGUAUCCAGGAUGUGUGUGUAUACAGGAAACAGUAUCACAGAAACCAAAGCUCCUGGUUUACCUAUUACGUGUUUCCAUGGUAACUGCUUUUCCGACUGUGUCGAAGUAUUACGAGAGCAUAAUACGACAGUAGGGUUAAAGUUCCAUCUAGUCACAGAAGGUAAUGGACCCGGGAAACUUUUGGAUGCAAGAAAAAAGUCUGUUGAGAGGAUCGUUCGCUUUGGAGAUUCUUGUCAGGAUACUGUCAGUGCCUUAGGUUGUCCGAGCAAGAUGUUUUACAAGUCGGAGGACAAGAUGAAGAUCCACUCACCGGAAGCUCACAAGCGAGUCCGAUCGCAGAGUGUCGACUACUUCUACAAUUAUUUCACAAUGGGUGUGGACAUCCUAUUUGAUGCAACCACUCAUCUUGUGAAGAAGUUUAUCCUGCACACCAACUACCCAGGACACUACAACUUCAACAUGUAUUGUCGGUGUGAGUUUAAGUUACCGGUUCUAAUUGAGAGAGCGAAACCCGAGCUGAUACAGACAGAUGAUGACGAGAUGGUUAUCACCACCUACUCACGAUGGCGGGAUGUACAGAUGUAUCUGUUGAAACCGGACGAGCGCCCAGUGAUUCUCAAUCGGUCGUCGUCCACCAACACCAGCAACCCAUUCGGCUCAACAUUCUGCUAUGGCGUACAAGACAUGAUUUUUGAGGUUAUGCAAAAUGAAUAUAUUGCUUCAGUAACCCUGUACAAAUCCUCACCCAAGGAGACGGCAUCUAUAUCCUGAUGAUCUGAGUAAUAGUUAAUUCGAACCUUCAACCAGUGAAAUAUCUUGUAUCAUCUUUUACUUGGAUAACCCAACCAAUGGGAUACCUUGUGUCAUUGUUUACUCAGAACACCCAACCAAUGAGAUACCUUUUAUCAUCCUUUACUUGGAACACCUAACCAAUGAGAUACCUUACAUCGUCCUUGUUCAUGAACAACUGGGCUACCACACUCCUUGCUGUUAAAAAGAACUAUCCUGUCUUGAAACAAGUAUCCUGUUUUAAAGGAACAGAUGUAUUCUGUCUAAAUCCAGAAUUUAAAAAAAGAAGACGAAAAAAGAAGAACGAAUCAUCUUUAUUUGUGAAAAAGUAGAGAAUAGCACUUCUGUUGGUCAAGAAGUAUCCUGUUUAGAUACAAGUAUCCUAUUGUAGUAUCAAGUAUCCUGUGUUAAAAAAAGAAACAUUCUAUCUGAACACUUUAUUUGUAAAUAAGUGGACUAUAUACUCCAUGUUAGCUAACAAGUAUAUCCUGUCUUCAGAGAAUUAUCCUGUAUUUAAGAUCAAAAACAUUGUGGAUUAUAAUACAGUUCUGAAGUACCCUUGUUACGAAAACUGGAGUUCAUGUUUCAAACCUAACUUACCCUGGUUUAACUGGAAGCAUUGUAUAGUAAAAUAUUGAAAUAUUCCAUCUUGGAACCGAAAGUACUAAAACUAUUCGUAAUAACUAGUAGACGGACUGUAGCAACCAUUAGAAAGUGCAGUGCUUGUAAUCGAGGAAAAUGGUGUGCUGUUUGGAAACUGUGAUAACAUUAGAGUUUGUAGUAAAGUAAUUGUUGUUACGAAGAAUCAACAAAUUAUGGAAUUGUUGUACAAGCAGUUACUAGCAUAAAAAUGCCUACCAAGUGCAAAAUGGCAUGUAAGACUGGGUCAUAUGAAAUGCUAGAAUUGCACUGAGCCAAGCCUUCAUGCAGGUUAAUAAGCUAGAGGCAACGUGUGUUAUAUUAACAAAUGCUUUGAAAUGACACUUUCACUUUGUUUUGUCUUUGUAUGUUAAUAUAUUUUGACCUGUCUGUAAAGGCCACCUUUUAUAGGUCAUUAGGUGACCUUUAUGGACAGGUUCAACAGUAAAUAAUGUAUUGGAGAGGGCAUUAAAAAGGAAAUGUUUUAUUUAACGAUGAACUCGACACAUUUUAUUUGUGGUUUUAUGGCGUCGGAUGGCAUUAAGAAUGCUGUUUUAAAAAAAUCUUUUGUAAUAUUUCCUUUCCUUUAAUUUUACAUUCUGAUAUUUGUGUAAUGAUAAGAUGAGUCUAGUCUGAAGAUACCUGUAAGUCACAGCAAUAAGCUAGAUAACAUCAAAACAUUUGUUGCCUGAAGUAUGUAUGCAGGUAUGUUUGAUGCGGAGUACAAGUAUGACACUAGACUAGUUCUAGGUCACAUAGGUUCUGUUAAAAAUUAAAAAGCUUUGACAGAAUCCAGAUGUAAGGUGACCACAGUCGCUGUUUAAUAGAAAUGGUUACUUGAGCAUGUUGCACACACUACAUAGAUGAUAUGAUAGUGAAGUAUUAUCGGAGCUGUCAACUCUCACGUUUUUCUACAUGAGGCUUACGUUUUUCUGUCCAAAAUCACACACUCGAGUUCAAGAAGUCAAAUUUCACGUUCUUAAAAAUUAAAAUAACUUUUCCAAAAAAGCAAUAUUUAAUGAAAUGUCGAGACCUUAUUACAUUCUGACCCCUCUAGACUGUUGUGAUUGAUACAUAAAUAUUAUAACAAUAUAAUUGACGUGUGUUUUCAUUUCAUUUUGAAAUGAAUGCUCAUGAAUACCUGACUUGUGACAAAACAUUUUAGUAAUUAAAGUUAAUCAAGGAAAUCUAUCAUAAAUGUCAUUUGUGAAAGCUAUUGCUACCAAAAACCCUAAAAUACACCUAAUAAACAGUAAAAAUGCUUUUUGGCAGGAGAAUGCCCCAAUAUGAACCCCUACUAGGGCAUCACCCCAUAUGAAUCCCCCUAGGGCAUCACCUUGGCCCUGACCAAGUACCUGCAAGCCCUAGACCCCUGCUUUAGGGUGAAUCUCACACUUAGAAACAUUUACGGGUUGACAGCUCUGUGCUAUAUUCUGUGAUCAAAACAAAAGAAUUAGGAAGUGAAUGAUACUGUUAAAUGUUUACCUGCUGUCAACUUGCAUAAAAGAUUUACAUUUUUCAGCUUUAUACAACAAUCAAACCUAUGCCACACAGCCUCCUAAGGGACUACUAGUAUUCAGUCAGUCGUGUCCAUUUGCAAAUUGCAAAAGAGCAACCAUAAUGCUAAUACUCCGGUUAUAAAUUUCAAAUAGUCAGAGAGCAGUUCUACAUACCUAAAUAAUAAACACAACAACAAAACCCCAUUCAAUUAAAAAAAGUGUCAUGGCAAAAAACAUACCAUAGAAAACAAAUUGAAUGUAGCCCACAGCAAAAAGAAAAUGCUGUAAAAAAUAAAUACUCUUUGACAUUGCCGAUUUCGGUGGACAAUUGCAGGGCUUGCAAUAUGCAAUAAAUAAAAAUGAUGCAGGUGAGUAUGAAGAGAAAGCUUUAGCCAAGGUUCGCUACAGCUCGCUAAAGAUGCUUGCAAAGUAUGGCUGCUUAACACAGUCAGCUUGCACUAUGUUAUGAUGAUGUUGGAGAAUAAAGCUAUUUAACAGAAGUAACUUAUUAAACAAGUUGGAAUCUAUCCAAAUUGCUAAAAUAUUUGCACCAACAAAUAGUUCAUGAAACUUGCACUAUAUGCAUUUUUAAAAUUAUAAAAAAUUUGCACAAACGAUUCUUAGAGCUCACUAGUUUACUCAAAUUAAAACACUUUGUCUUUCUGCCCACAUGUCUGUCUGUCUGUCAGUCUGUUCAUCCGUGUGAAUUAUCACCUUGCCAAAUAUAUGUUGUUUCAGUUCAAACAUGAACAAAGAUGUUUUCUUGCAUGUAAAAUAUGUCCUUUAGUAUAAUGGAGAAAACAUUUAAAAAAUAAAAUUUAAAACGUAAGGCCUUAAUUUUAUCUUUAUAAUAUAUAUAUAUUUUAUUGUAUUAUACCAUACCAUUCAUAUUUUUAAUUUGAA